AUUCAGGGUUUUGCCGCUCCAACUAAAAAAAAGUGAGAAAAACCACAAGAGAAUAAUCACCGCGAAGGAAUCUCUACGGAGAUGGCGGCAAGUGGUGUAACGGAGAGAAGGGGAAUACCGGCGGCAGCAUUUGUAGAAGACGUACAGUCGUAUCUCAAUGAAUCUGCUCUCGAUGUCAACUCUGCUCUUGCCUUCCUCCAAGAAAGACUUCAGCAGUACAGAGUGGUUGAGAUGAAACUUCUGGCUCAGCAGAGGGAUCUUCAGGCAAAGAUUCCUGAUAUAGAGAAAUGCUUGGACAUAGUUGCUAAUUUGCAAGCUAAGAAGGGCAGCGGUGAGGCACUAAUUGCUGAUUUUGAAGUGUCAGAAGGGAUAUAUUCUCGGGCAAGAAUUGAAGAAUCUGAUUCGGUGUGCCUAUGGCUUGGCGCAAAUGUCAUGUUGGAGUAUUCAUGUGAAGAGGCUACCAUCCUCCUUAAAAGAAAUUUGGAAAAUGCAAAAGCCAGCUUAGAAGUUCUGGUUGCGGAUUUGCAAUUUUUGAGGGAUCAAGUGACAAUUACUCAGGUCACGAUUGCUCGAGUAUACAACUGGGACGUGCAUCAACGUAAACUUAAACCAGCUGCCAGUCCAAAAGAAUCAUGAGAAACAUGUAUGUUGGUUAAUAGAAGUGGUGUGGUGCUCACUUUUGCUGCCAAGAGUACGAUUCAGAUCUUUCUUGUUCAUCAUUUUAGGUUGCUUCUUGACUCUCCUCUAGCAGGAUCCUGAAUUUGUUCAGACUGUCAAUUGUUUUGCUUGUACCAAUUUUGUAAGACAGCAAAUAUUUGUUGGUGAGUUCGUGCAUUUACUAGAUGGUUAGGAUCUAAAAUGUAAUGAUUCAAUUGUUGCAAGGAUUGUUAAAUCAUGGUAUGACCAUGUCUAUGUUGUUUCUAACGGAUUAACCUUGUUUGAGCCAUUGUACUGCUGUAUAAUUUAAGCAAAACCAAGUCUUUGGAAGAUG